GACAACGUUCUCGUUCAUUUUUUUAAGGUUUUGAAAAACCAGCUAUUCACAUUCUUAUAUGUGGUCUUUACUAUCAACGACCACUCUACUUUUAAAAAUGCUUGUCUUAUAGUAAUCAUAAUCAUAUUCUCCUCUUUCUCAUACCCUUUUCUUUCUUUUUUUUUUCUCUUUUUGAUAUUAAGAAAGAAAGAAAGAAUGCGUCCAGUCCUUUCGCUCUAUCUGUCUUCUAUCUUGCUAGCUUUUUCUGCUUUUGCUGCAGAUACUUCCAAUGCUGACUUUGAAGCCAAUGAAUUAUUUGCCUCUACAGUUGAAUUAACCAAUGAUGCCUUUACUCCCUUCCGUUGGAAAGGCGAUGCUGUACUUGCAAGCGAGACAUUCUUUAUUGAUGCUCAACCUAAUACCCGUAUUCUUAUCACAGACUAUUUAAACCGUGGAGAUAUGUUUGAAGUAUUUGAUAAUGAUCUUUCUCUCGGCUUUACUUCUGCUGUUGAUCCAGAUCAAGAAGGUUAUGCCUCUACUCCUGAAGAAGCCUUGAAUGAUGAACGUUUUAGUAAAGGCGUUUUUGGUCUGACUGAAGGUCCUCAUAGAAUCACAAUUAAGGCCAAAGGGCCCUUUGAUGAAGGCACUGCAGCUAUCCGUGUCUUGGAUCAAGCCGUAGAUGUUGCUUUCUAUAGAAACAGACGCCAGGAUGAUGACUCUGAUGAAUUCAUAGCUGGUGAACCUUUCCAAUAUGAUUAUUUUGAAGAAUAUGACUCUGAUGAUGAAUGGAACCUUUGGAGACAAAGAAACACAAAUGCAAAUGCAAACAGUAAAGUGGGAAAGAGAGAGAGAGAGAGAGAGAGAGAGAGAGAGAGAGAGAGAGAGAGAGAGAGAAAAGAGCUUUAGUCAUUUGACUCUACUAACAAAACUUCUAUUUAGGUGUUACUGCAACUACAACACUUACUAUCUUUGCACCUGCAGCUAUAGCCACCUUUGAUGUCGUUUCAACAACAACAUCAUCAUUCACAAGCACAAUUACCAGUACUACGGAUAGUGUCGCUACUACCACAGGCACGACUACCUCUACUGUAGACACACUCGUAUUAGCUGAUGCAGGAUACACAAGCACUUUUACA